CGGUCAGGUGGCUCCCGUCACGUGACUGCCGUUAGCUUGUGUCGUGUCGUUGAGCCGAAGCCUUUGUUGUUGUUGUUGUGACGCAGUAGGAGCACAUUGACCGGAACAUGGAGCGGUACGGGUCGGACACCGACGGGGACGAUACACCGCUGCUUCACCGAGGACACGAAGACAAAGUCCAGAAAGCACCAGUAUGCUGUUCAUCACGCUACGGCCUGGCGCUGCUCUCCUCGUUUGGCUUCUUCGUGGUCUACUCCUUGCGGGUGAACCUCAGUGUGGCGAUGGUGGACAUGCUUAACAACACCCACCAAUCCAGCCCCAACCACAGCAGCUCAGUGUGUCCCGCUCAUGCCAACCCUCCACGGCCCAAACACAACCGCGUGGCCGGUGUAUACGACUGGAACUCUGAGACUCAGGGCUGGAUCCUGGGCUCCUUCUUCUACGGCUACAUCCUGACGCAGAUCCUUGGGGGCUACCUGGCCGGCCGCUAUGGACCCAAGUGGCUGAUGGGCAUCGGCAUCCUGGGAACUGUAGUUUUUACGCUGCUCACCCCUGUGGCUGCUGACCUGGGUGCAAGCUACCUCAUCGCUGUCAGGGUGCUGGAAGGGAUAGGAGAGGGAGUGACAUUCCCUGCAAUGUACACCAUGUGGGCAGCGUGGGCCCCACCGCUGGAGAGGAGCCGACUGCUCACAAUCUCCUACAUCGGAGCCCAGCUCGGGACGGUGAUAUCUCUCCCUCUGUCCGGGCAAAUCUGCUUCUACCUGGACUGGACCUACGUCUUCUACGUGUUUGGUGCUGUUGGCCUGGUGUGGUUCGUCUUGUGGGCCUUGCUGGCCUUCGACAGUCCAAACACUCACCCACGGAUCUCAGAGCAGGAGAGACUCUACAUCACCAACUCACUGAAGAACGAGCUGUCCACCUCAUCGGGUGACAUCCCCUGGCGAGCCAUCGUGACGUCCGGAGCGCUGUGGGCCAUCGUCGUGGCUCACUUCUCCUACAACUGGACCUUCUACACGCUCCUCACCCUGCUGCCAACCUACAUGAACGACGUUCUGGGAUUCAGCAUCCAGCAGAACGGUAUGCUGUCGGCUCUUCCUUACAUCGGCUGUGUUGUGUUGGCUGUGCUGAGCGGGCAGCUUGCGGAUCACCUGCGGGAAUCGUGCCUGUACCGCACCGUCAUCGUCAGAAAGUCUUUCUCCGUUGUUGGUAUGAUCGGGCCGGCCGUGUUCCUGGUGGCAGCAGGAUACACGGGCUGUAACUACACCUUGGCCGUGACCUUCCUCACCAUCUCCUCGGCUCUGGGCGGAGUGUCGGCCUCUGGCUUCAACAUCAACCACCUCGACAUCGCUCCUUCGUAUGCUGGUAUUCUCCUGGGAAUCACCAACACGUUUGCCACCAUUCCUGGCAUGGUGGGACCAGUCAUCGCCAGAGCACUCACCCAGCAAAACACCAUAGAAGAAUGGCAGACGGUUUUCUACAUCGCCGCCGGCAUCAACGUGUUUGGAGCGGCGUUCUACACUCUGUUUGGCCAAGGGACGGUGCAGCCCUGGGCCGUCCGCACGUCCUCCUCUCACGGCGACUGAGGCGGGAGACGAGGGCCAGACUCGUCCUUCUGAUGAUUCUGAUUCGUCAGAUGGACACGUCUCAAUCGUGGGCUUAUUUAUCGGGUAAUCGGCGCAAUAUGUGUUCCAGCUGUGCUGAUAAUUCUCAAAGCGCGGCUAACUAACGGCCACAAGUACCAGCGAGGAUGUUCUUUACUGUGACUCAGGAGUCUGUUGACAGACAAACCUGCAGUCACAGCAAUGAACAAAGAAGAUUUUAGUGAAAUAAAUAAUUACUGGAGGCAGAGGAAACAAUCACAGCAUCUCCAGGAAGUGUCAGAGGAAGCGUUUAUGAAGCCGAGCACUUUUGCCACCAACUGAAAAAAGGGAAAAGUCACUACAUGUUAUCUAAACCUUGUUUAGCAUUAUGUGCACCGUAGUGUAUGAAAGACAAAUGAACCCAAUGGCGUUCCUUUGUGCUCUUCAGGUUUGCCGCCUCUCUGCGUUCAACUGUUUCUGCCUCCAGAGCACUUUGCUUUAAAGCCUCCCGAGUUAUUGCCAAAGUAAAAGUCUUAAGUUCUUAAGAAGGAUGUUUUCUUUCACUUGUGUCUGGACAGUUUGGACUCAUAUCGAAGUGCCAGUACGUGUUUAAACGGUUUGUCAUCCCAAACUAGACGCACACAUUUGAUAACGUCUCUCGAGAGGACGUUGUGACGCACAAACACUGGUUUGGGAAAUGCCUUAUAGUGACUCUUUAAAAUGGAUUUUUAAGCUCUUUGUCUUUUAUGUGAUUUUAAAUGGCCAAUUUCUUUUUGUACAGACUUGUCUUGUGGUGCCGUUAAGGGAUUUUAUGUGCACAACAAUAUGUAUUAUCUUUUCAGGUUAUGUCCACCAGGCACCUCUUUUAGUUUAGGUUUAACAUGUGCAUGUGGAAAGCCUGAUAUGUUCCAUCUGUAACACUAAGAAGAUGUUAAGCUGUUUUCUGAUGAAGGGGAAAAAGGGCUUUAAAGAGGUUCCAGCCGGACGCCGUCUCAUUUUACUUACAGGAUUUGCACUUUCUGUGUCAAUUCUCAGGUAUCCGUCUCACAAGGAUUGAAAAAGAUGUUUUGUUUGUUGGAUUGAUUGAUUUUACCACAUGAGGAAUGUGUCCUCAAUCUUUAAGUGUCAACUGAUUUAGAUCCGAUUUUUAAAAAUCAUGAUCUGGCAGGAAGAAGUUAUUUAUCUUAACUUUUUCUCAGCUGAUUUUAAACGUUUGCAGAGCACAUGUAUUAAAUACUGUAUGUAUCGUGUCCCUGUAUACAUGAGGACAAUAAUGUAGUGGGGUUAAACAAAAUGGUUUCUGUCAACAAGUAGCAUUAUCAUCCCAAUGAUGCAAUGCACUUGUGCCUUAUUACAUUAUCUUAAACAAGGCGAGACAAUUCAGGACUGUAGACUCGUAUUCACAAAGGAUUCCUUUAGUUACUGCUUUUUAUUUUUCCAUUUAGUGUCUUUACAGAGAAAAAGGGACUUUUGUACGCUGUGUAUUCACUGUGCACACACACUGUACUGAGAGGGGAAUCAUUGUACCUGGAAACAUUCCAGAAAUAGUCUUUAAUUACUGUCAUGUAUUGUAAAUACUUCAUAUACAGCUCUGCUCAAAUCUGU